AUGGCCGUCACAUCAAAUGUUCCCCGUGGACCAGUCACGGCCAAGCUGAACUACUUCUCACCGCCAGCCGACGGCUCCAAGCCCUUCAACCAUGUCGACACGCCACCAGAGGGCCUUCCGCAGCGUAACUUCACAGACGAGAUAGUUGACACCCUCAUCCACGACAUCAGAGGGCAUGAGGGCGAAUACAACCUAGAUAAGGAUGCCUUCCAGGUGAUCCAGAACGUGCCGGAGUCCAAGGAGAAGGACUUCGUCGACGACGAAUCCAUCAAGGCCAACUACUAUCCCGAGCUCGAGGAGCUACUGCUGAAGAACGUCCCCGGGUCCAACCGGGUCGUCUUCUUCGACCACACCAUCCGCCGAGCAAACCCCAACGCGAAGCGGGCCCCCGUCAACAGGACGCACAUCGACCAGACCGCUGCCUCGGCCGAGAUGCGCGUUAGGAGACACCUCGGCGACGAGGCCGAUGCGCUGCUGAAGGGCAGAUACCGGAUCAUCAACGUCUGGCGCCCGCUGAACAAGAAGCCUGUCGAGUCAUACCCGCUUGCAUUCGCAUCCUCGUACAGCGUUGACGACGCGGACGUCAUUCCCACAGAGCACAGGUACAACAACGGGUACACUGGUUUCACUGCUUCCAUCAGGGCGAAUCCCAACCAGCGCUGGAAUUACCUGAGCGGCAUGACUGGUGAUGAGCGCCUCCUGUUGGAGUGCUUUGAUAGCGAGGCAUUGAAGGAGGGUUCGAACGUAAAAGGUGGCAGGCUCCCUCACACAGCCUUCGAAGAUCCACGGACGCACCCUGAGGCAGAAGGCCGCGAGAGCAUCGAAGUCAGGACGCUGGUUUUCGGGCCAUGA